AUGGCGAAUAUUUACAAUUUGUUGACUGUGGCCAACAAUGCUGUACUAGAGGAAAUCAAAGCUUUCACUGAAGCAGGGAGAGCCACGUGGCUCAAGGGCCAAGAGUUAGCUAACUGGGUGGCCGAGGAGAGGGAAAAGGCAUGCAUAGAGAAGGAGAGAGAAAGGGAAUUCCAAGAGAGAAGAGAGGCAGCCGAAAGAGCAGAGAAGGAGAACAAAAGAGAACAAAGAGAGAUAUGGAGAGAAGAAAGAGAGAAAGAAAGAGAGUUUAAGGAAAGGAGGGAAGCAUCAGAAAGGGAAGAAAAGGUCGCAGAGACAGCCCACCAACUAGCUAUGGCCAAUGCUGGCAUCCAGCUCCCUACAUCCUGGUCUUCACACUCCAUACUCAGUGGCAGGGGCACCCUCAUCAAGCCGUGGAAUGAGGGCAAGCCAGAAACCUGGCUCAGCCAUGUAGAAAAGGUGCUGGACAACUUCAAGCCUGAGAAGUAG